CCUAGUCUUGCUCGCUCCUCUCCUCACUCAGCUCACUCCGUGUUCUGUGUGCCCCAGGUCCUCCUCGUCCCGCCCCAUGGCUGCCUCCUCCACACGGCCCACCGUGCUGGCCCUGAGUGGGCUGGUGCUGCUUCUGCUCCUGUGUCUUGGUCCAGGUGGCAUAAGUGGAAAUAAAUUUAAGCAGAUGCUGCAGGAAGGAGAAGCCCCUGCUCCAACCAAGGCAGAUGUGGCUGUGGGUGAGAACAAAGCCAAACAGUUCCUGGGCAGCCUGAGACGCCAGCGGCGGCAGCUGUGGGAUCGGACGCGGCCUGAGGUGCAGCAGUGGUACCAGCAGUUCCUUUACAUGGGCUUCGACGAGGCGAAAUUUGAAGAUGACAUCACUUACUGGCUAAACAGAGACUGGAAUGGACACGACUACUACGGCGAAAACUAUCAACGCCACUAUGACGAAGACGCGGCCAUCGGUCCCCGGAGCCCUGAGAGCUUCAGACACGGGGCAAGCGUCAAUUACGAUGACUACUAAUGGUCCCUGGCUAUACUACCCCCAAGAAGCUGGGUCCUGCCCUUGGGGGUCUCCCAGGGGCUACCACGAUUGGGCUUCCCUUGGGCUUCACAUCUGUGCCCUUCACCCCACUCUGUGGGACCAGAAAGCUUAAGCAAAGAACGUACAUGCCAGUGCCUAACCGUGCAGCUCAUCUAAACUUACAAUAAAAGCA